CACACACAAAACCCUGCAGCUAACAGCACCAGUCCAGUCAGUCAGGCUAAGGGGGGCAGCAGGGUGGGAGCCUCCUCCUUAAACACAAGAAUUGGAAGUCAAGAAGCAACGGGUCGAGGAACAAUAAACUCCUCUGGGGACAGGGACAGGUUCUUUUUUUGGAAACGUAAUACUGUGCUCCGAAUUGUACGGUUGGAAGAAAACUUUAUUUGAAGGAAAGAGAAAGAGCACAAGGUUAUCACUGGAAUCAUGAAGACCUUACUUCUCCUGUGCUCCUGGGCGAUACUUUGCAAUGCACUGCCAUUUGAGCAAAGAGGAUUCUGGGAUUUUUCAAUGGAUGAUGGACUUACGAUGAUGAAAGACGAGGCCAAUGAAGAUGGGUCAGGUUUUACUAUAGCUCCUCCAGUUGAUGGUCCUAGCCCUUUUCCCCCUGGAAUGCCUCCUAUUGACUUAUGCCCAUUUGGAUGCCAGUGCCACCUACGUGUAGUACAGUGCUCCGACCUUGGUCUGACCAGCGUCCCCAAAAAUAUUCCAAAGGACACCACCCUCCUGGAUCUCCAGAAUAACAAAAUCAUGGAAAUUAAAAAAGACGACUUUAAGGGACUGACCAACCUCUAUGCCCUGGUUUUAGUAAACAACAAAAUCUCCAAAGUGAACGAGAAGGCAUUUGAGCCACUGCACAAGCUUCAGAAAUUGUACAUCUCGAAGAACAGCCUGGAAGAGAUCCCUAAGAGUCUACCCAAGUCUCUGGUGGAGCUACGCAUUCACGAAAACAAGAUCAAGAAGAUCCCUAAAGAUGUUUUCAAUGGCCUCAAGAGCGUGAACUGCAUCGAAAUGGGAGGAAAUCCACUUGAGAAUGGAGGAAUCGAAGCCGGAGCGUUUGAUGGACUGAAGCUAAACUACCUUCGUAUCUCAGAGGCCAAAUUAAGCGGCAUCCCUAAAGGUCUACCAAGCAGUCUAAAUGAGCUUCACCUUGACCACAACAAGAUUCAGGCAAUUGAGAUGGGAGAUCUGAGCCAGUACUCCAAUUUAUACAGGCUAGGAUUGGGAUACAAUAACAUUAGAGCGGUAGAAAAUGGCAGCCUUGCCAACCUGCCCAUUCUCAGAGAACUCCAUCUGGACAACAAUAAGCUCUCCAAGGUUCCUCCAGGACUGCCCGACAUGAAAUUUCUCCAGGUUGUCUACUUGCACUCCAACAACAUCACCCAAGUUGGAGUCAAUGACUUUUGCCCAGUAGGAUUUGGAGUGAAACGUGCCUACUACAAUGGCAUCAGCCUCUUUAACAACCCCGUGCCCUAUUGGGAAGUACAGCCGGCCACUUUCCGCUGUGUCACCGACCGCCUGGCUAUCCAGUUUGGAAAUUACAGAAAGUAAAAAAAAGCAGGAGGAUUAUCCGAGGAUCAAACAACGCGGAAGAGAGACAACACGGCGAACACAGAAGAGUAGAACAAAAAUAAAAAAUGUAACAAAUAAACCCAGUGAUACUCAAUAAGAGGGUGUGUAAGGCAGUCAUUAAAUCCCACGCUUUAGGUAUCCUUCCUGUCCUGCCUGAGUCCUGCCACAGCUGUAUAAAUAAUCAUAAUGGAACGUCAGGUAGGACAUAGCUACACUAAACUUGUAUAGCCACAAUUCUGUAUCCCCGUAAUGGAAAAGCUUUGUAGCCAGCCUGUGGCUCCCCGGCUCUGCCUGAACUACAACUCCCAGCAUGUUUCCCGGCCGGACGAGCCACAGGUUGCCUAUCUUUCAUAUAAGGCACUAAAAGUGCAAUGUGUAAGACAUGUGCAGACACAGUAUCCACACUCUCUAAAGCUCCUUUGAUGACCAGCGAACAGUACGAGACUGAUAUUAGGUGCCAGUACUCAUUGAGUUAAUCUCCCGCUAUGUAGUCGGGCAGCAAUGCAUUGUUGAUGUAUGAAUACUGUAGCUUUCAAUGAAUGCAGACUUUACAUACAGUCUGAGCGUCUUGUACCUUUUUUUGUUCAAUGAUGACAACUCAUUUCUGUAACCUACAAACAUUACCGCUCCUUAUAAACUAUGGGACCAGUGUGGGCAUCGGUAAAUUACUUGACGGUUUAGAAUAAAAUUUACCACCCCACAGAACCCGGCUUCAGUCUUCUAUUUUAUUUACUAUAGCGGGGCUCAUCCAUGUCAAGAACCAUCUCCAGGCUUUGCAGAGCAAAGCAUGGCAGGGCCUUAAAGUCAUGAAAGAGUAGCCCCCAGCCCCUAGUCCACGUUUAGAGAGGUUUUCGAGGCCUGCGAUGGUGGCGCGGCACUUUAUUUAUCCCUAAUUCAUGCAGGAUCAUGCAAACUUUGUAAACCGCAUGCAGCAGUAGUGGCCUUCAUGUUAACUUUGUGCCUUUGUAAAUCGCUUACGCCAGGAAUCAAUGGGUGCGUAUGGUUAUGUCGCCAUCUAGAGGGAAUAAAUGGCAUUACGGGCAAACAGGGUGCAAGCCAUGUUAAGCUAUCUUGUAUUUCUUUUACAUACAAAUGUGUGUGUGUGUUUUUUCGUUUUGUAGAUAUUCCAAAAGCAAUAAAAUCAGUGGUGGAUA